AUGGCCACCAUGGAACGCCGGAAAACGCUGACCAUGAAUUGGGACGGCCUCGGCGACGAUGAGGACGAUCUUCAUUUCUUCGAGACCUAUAACCGUCUCUCCACCGCGGUUCCUGACGAUUUAGCUUCUUCCUCCGACGAAGAUGAGGAUGAAUUCGAAGCGAGCCGGUGCUCUUUCGCCUCCGCGGUUUCCUCUUUUCAUCCUGCGAAACAACGGAAGCAGCCGGAACUUCCUCCGGCGUCAACCAUUACUCCGAAUUACGAUAUCUGGAUGGCUGCACCGGGAUCUAUAACGGAAAGAAGAAGAAGAUUGCUCGGAAGCAUGGGAUUGGAUGAGAAUAAAGAGAAUCUCAAAGUUACUAGCAUCAAUGUAGGUCGUGCGGUAACGAAAAAAUACGAAAACAACAAUGUUGAAGUUCAUGCUUUGUCGAAUUCGUCGAACUCCGUUGCAGAUUCGUCUUCUUCAUCUAAAGUUUCCAAAACCACCGAAGCUUCAUCUUCUCCUAACUCGUUGCAACAGAAAACGGAUCAUCCUUCUUCUCCUGUAUCGUAUGUUCUCGUUCGAUCGCGAUCAGAAGGUGACAUUGAUUCGUUAUCAAUGGCGAAAUUAAGGAAACAGGAAAUGAUAGGGAAGAUUUCGAAGCAACGGUUGACGAGAACGAAUACAGAUAUUGGCAUGCCGAGCACGCGUGCUCGGCAUGCUGAUGUAAAUAGAAUCAUUGUGAGGGAUUCGCCCUUGAGACAGUUACCACCGAUGUCGCCGAUUGUGAGUAGCGGUUCGGGUGGAGGAGGAGUUGGAGCUUUCUUUUUGAUAAAGAAUUUGGAUACUGGAAAAGAGUUUAUAGUAAACGAAUACGGCGAAAACGGGACGUGGAACCGGUUGAGCGAUUUAGAAACAGGUAAACAAUUAACAAUGGAGGAAUUCGAAAGCACGGUGGGACAUUCGGAAAUUGUUAAGGCAAUGAUGAGACGCCGUAAUGUUGGAAGAAAUGAUGGUAAAAAGCUAUCUUCGAAUUCGCAUAUUUUAAGGAGUUUGAGGUUGAGUAAAAGAAGAGGUGCUUCGUUGUUGAAGAAUAUCAAAGGCGUAGCAAGUGGAUUUGUUGGCGAACGCGAAAGAGAAGCUAUUGUGCCACAAGUUGUUGAACAAAAUAAGCCUCAAGGGAAGAACAAAUGGGUUAAAGUUAGACAAAGUGGGAAAUCACAAAAGGAGCUUUCAGCUUUGCAUUUGUGUCAAGAGUUUCAAGCUCAUGAAGGGUGUGUUUGGACGAUUAAGUUUAGUUUGGACGGACGUUAUUUGGCGAGUGCGGGUGAUGAUAAAGUGAUUCAUAUUUGGGAAGUUCAAGAAUGCGAGGUUAUGAGUAUGAAACCUGAGGAAGGGAACCUUACUCCUAUUCAUCCUUCUUUGAUGUCUUCAAUGGAACGAGGUGUUGAGACUCCUUUAGCUAAGAAGAAAGGCAAAUUUGGAAGUAAAAGAGGGAGUGCUAUUCCUGAAUAUGUUCAUGUGCCGGAGAAUGUUUUUACGUUUUCUGAGAAACCUUAUUGUUCUUUUCAUGGUCAUUUGGAUGAAGUUUUGGAUUUGUCUUGGUCUAGAUCUCAGCUACUUCUGUCAUCUUCAAUGGAUAAGACAGUGAGAUUGUGGGACUUGGAAACUAAGACAUGUUUGAAAUUCUUUGCACAUAAUGAUUAUGUAACCUGUGUUCAAUUCAAUCCUAUGGAUGAUGAUUAUUUCAUUAGUGGCUCCCUUGAUGCUAAGGUCAGAAUGUGGAACAUCCCCGCGCGUCUGGUUGUGGAUUGGACCGAUAUUCAUGAAAUGGUUACAGCUGUUUCGUACACUCCAGAUGGUCAAGGUGUUAUCGUCGGUACACAAAAGGGGAGCUGUCGUACUUAUAGCAUAGAAGAUUACAAAUUAGCUCAAACAAACACAAUUGAACUUCGAAACAAGAAGAAAUCUCAGCUAAAAAAAGUUACUGGUUUUCAGUAUGCGCCGUGUAAUCCAUCAGAAGUGCUGGUUACUUCGGCUGAUUCCAGGAUAAGAAUCGUGGAUGGUACAGAAAUUAUUCAUAAAUUUAAAGGAUUUAAAAAUGCAAAUAGCCAAAUGGCAGCAUCAUUUAGUCCAAAUGGAAGAUUCAUAAUAAGUGCAAGUGAAGAUUCACAAGUUUAUGUAUGGAAGCAUGAAGAGCAUAGAAAAUCUAGAGCUCUGCUUGUUACUCAAUCUCAUGAACAUUUUCCAUGUAAAGAUGUUUCGGUAGCGAUACCUUGGCCGUGUAUGAUCAAAGGCGAUCCACCGGAAAUUCCAGUUCACCAAUCCAAAAAGGCCUCAAAAAGAAUGCUUCCACCUCUUCCAAAGAAAGGCAAUAGCAACCACGCGACAGAAAGCGCGUCAGAUUCGCCAGAGCAUGAUCCUUCAUCGAUUUCGCGAACCGAAUCAGGAAUUGGCGAUUCGUUUGCAAGUAAUAGUAAGAGAAUGUUACCACCUCUUCCAAAGAAAAACAACAACAAUGACAAAGAAAGUGAAAUAGAAGAAGACAAUGACGCGAUUUCAAGGACUAUUUCGAGGACGAAUUCAGGAUUUGGAGAUUCGUUUUCUUCAGAUCCUGCUUCGAUUAGAUACGGCGAUUCGCCUUCGAUCGACGCUGCAGCUACUCCAUCAGGUGCAUCUUGGUCUUCUAAUUAUUCUUCAUACGAAGGUUCCUCCGCAAUUCAUCCUUCAGCAUGGGGUUUGGUAAUAGUGACGGCUGGAUUCGGAGGCGAAAUCAGGUGUUAUCAGAAUUUUGGAUUACCGAGAAGAAUGAGUCGACAAAGUAAUCUUUUUGGGAGCCCUGCUUAA